ACCACCUCCAGCUGGGCUAAAGUAUCCGGACUCUCCCAGAACCUCGCGGAAGGACUGCUGUCUUUUUUCCGAUGCGCAGCCGACACGGAGCUGGUCUGGCUCGUCCCGGGAAUCCCGAGGCCCUGCGAUCCCAUGGGUGUCCAGGGUCUGACUACCUAUGUGGAGGGGAACAGACAUUUCCUCCAAGAUGUGAAGUUCAGGGACAGUCGCCUGGUUAUUGACGGCUGCAGCCUGUAUUUCCGUCUUUACUUUAACCUCGGUUUGGACCAGCAGCAUGGAGGGGACUAUGAUGCUUUUGCUCGUCUGCUCAUCCAGUUCCUCGCUGCGUUGGCAGCCUGCAACAUCCAACCGUAUGUGGUACUGGAUGGAGGGAUGGACCCUAGCGACAAGAAGUUUCCCACUCUGCGGCAGCGCCUGCAGUCCAAGAUAAGGGAGUCAGACAAUAUUGCUCAUGGCCGUAAUGGCUCUGUUCUCCCCAUCCUCACAAGGGAUGUCUUCGUUCAGGUCCUCAUCCAGAGAAAAGUCCCACUGGUCCAAUGUCCAGCUGAGGCUGACUGGGAGAUUGCAUGUUUGGCUCACCAGUGGAACUGCCCAGUUCUGACCAAUGACAGUGACUUUUAUAUCUUUGACCUGCCAGGUGGAUACCUGCCAUUCAGUUAUUUCCAGUGGACCAACCUAAACGGUAAAGCCUCUCAGCGCUACAUCUCGGCUCGGUGCUACACCACUAACAGCCUCUGUCGCUGGUUUGGGGGCAUGAACAGGGAGUUGCUACCCUUGUGUGCCGUCCUGACCGGUAAUGAUUAUGGUGCUCCAAAAGACGCUGAAACCCUCCUUGCUCUGUUAGAUGUGAACGCUUUAGGGAGAGGUGGUGGUAGGGGUAAAGGUCGAGCACCCAGCUCUCGCAUCGAGGGCCUCCUCGUCUGGCUGUCCUCUUUUUCGAGCCCGGCGGAAGCCCUGGAGGAGGUGAGCAGGCUAAUGGGGGAGGACGUUGGUAGGGGCAAGAGAGGACAGAGAAGUGGGCUCAGUUCACAGCUGUGGGCUGGUAUGCAGGAGUACCACAUCACCCCUCAAAGCUCUCUGGCCCGCUGGUUCUCUGGAGGUAAAGCAGGUCCAGGAGGGUGGAGCUCUGGGCUUGCACAAUUACCAGACUGCCUUUCACGGGCUGCAGAACAGGGGCAGCUGGCUCCUUUGGUGCUGGAUGUUCUGGUGAUGCGUAGGGUCCUGCUCAUCCCACAGGUGGAGAACAGCAAACUACCCAGCAGCCACUGUAGUGCAAGAACUAUACGUCAGGCUAUAUAUGGGAUAUUACAGCAGAGAGGCCAGGAUAAUGUGCCUCAGGGUAGGGUUGGCAGUGUGCAGCUGUUGAAGGGACGUGGAGGUGCUGUCCAAGCACAAGAUAUGAGGGUACAAGAAAACAUCAGCCAGGGUAUGAGAGGUGGGAGAGGGCGAGGGGGAAGAGGACGGGGAGGUGGUCACAGCGGUGGAGGUAGGGGUCAGGGCAUCAUUUUACCUGCACAGCAGGAUGUAAAUGUAGGAUUUAGUGUUGAACAAGCAGCUGGUGGAGCUACAAUGAAGGCUCAGGGCGCCAGUGCCCCCAUUUGUGUGGAGGAGUACGACCGUCUGGACCUGAAUUUGAAGAAAAUACAAGUGGAGACACAUCCACCCAGAGCCCCUAUAUGUCUGGAUAUACUUGACCAGGCUCCUGUGGCGGUCCGUCUUGGUGUCCUGUUAGAAGUUUUAGGGGUGAAGGAGUCUGCCCUAGCUGCUGUUCCUCUCCACCUGAGGCUCGCUGUAGCAGUGUCAGGCUUCUGGCUGCGAGAGGUCACACCAACACCCUCACAGCCCCAGCUCCAGGCUUUGGUGCUGGGAAUGGUUUAUGGAGAACUGUCCUGGAACAACCAGCCUGGAGCUGCUCAUCACCAAUCUGCUGUCCCACAGCUAAACUGGGCUGCAGAGCGCACUGUGUUGGCAGGGCUGGACCGACAACGCACAAGACCAGGAGAGAGACGGGGCUUGGAUGUUGGAGCAGCUCACAGUUUCAGCCAGUGGCAGGCCUGUCUCUGGAGUGCACUAUGUCUCAAUCACCUGUUGCUGCUGCCGCUGCCUGAACCCCGCUUGUCAUGGUUAUUCAGCGGUACCUUGGUACACGGCCUCCUCGGGUAUCUAAAAGGGGGCCGAUCUGCUGAAUCCCUCCUGGCUGGGGGCUCCUUGUCUACACAACUCUACUUCUCCCUUCUGGAUGCUGUGAGGAAGUGCAGCUCCAAAGCUCAUCCCUCCUCUUCAGCAGAAGGGAGGGGGAAGAGAGGCAGAGGCCGCGGAAGGAGAGGGAGAAGGAGAGGCGGAAGAGGAGCGCGGGGAGGGGGGCUGGGGACCGAGGAGGUGAACAACAAGUUCGCUCUCCUGAUGAGCGAGGAAGAGUCUGAUGAUGAUUGGUGAGGAGGCAGAGAAAAAUGAACAGAUCGAUAUAAAACACUUGCUAGGGGCCAAACGAGGGAGGACAUUCCAGUGGUUUAUAAAUCAUGCUCAGGGAAUGUUACAGUCAUUUUCAAGUAAAGAAUAACACGUCUUCAUGUUUACCAUUGUGCUUCAACCUUUAUAACUGAUUUGCACUAAUUUAACCUCCCUCAGUGACGUCUGCCUUCUUUUUAUGUUCAAACUUCUGCUGCCAUCUCAAAUCAUGCAAUGUCAAGACAUAUGUUAUCAGAACGUCGAGUAUUUUUUCCAAAGCACACUCUUGCCGCAUUAUUAUCAGAUGUAUGAGAGCUUUUAUCAAAGUAAUGUCACUGUAAUUCAUGCAAUUGUUUCCAAACUGACAGUUUUAGUCACUUAUGUCAACGCAAGAUUUUAAGUUAACAUAGAGAGGUCUUAUUUCAUCAUUGUUGACUAGAAGGUUGUAUGGCAGCUAAUGUUAAAGAGCAACAUAUGGAAUUUGAUGUCUUUUUAAUCACAGAUGCCUUAAUACUUAUGAAUGUAGUGAUCUUUAGUUGUUUAUUUGUCUUUCUAUAUAAAAAAAAGAUAACUCAAACUCAGAUGCAUGUUUUUUAAAUUAUCACAUUAAACUAGUGUUUACUUGUAACCAUAUACAGCUGAGAAUAAAGCAGUUAUUCCUUCUU